AUGGUUGAAAAAAUUGUUAAAAAUGAACUUGGCAAUUGUGCUGACAAAGACAUUCUAAAGAAAUGUUUGAAGUUUUUAAGUGAAGAUCCAAACCUACGUAAAAUGUGGCAAAAAUUACUUGGGAGUAAGGAUAAUGACACUUUUCGUGCUGGUUCUGUGAUAUUAUUACAACGAAUUGUCACAAUGUUUUUGAAGUCAAAGCAGCAAAUCAUCAGAGAACAGCUACAACUGAAGGCUAAUAAACAAAGCUCAUCAUUGCGACAAACUGUAUGUAAAGGACAAAAGCCAAAGGAAAAAUUGUGUAAACCUAUUGAAUGUCUUGUAGCAUUUCGUGGAAGUCCGACAGAUGCUUCUACAGUACUGGCAUUUUUGAAUGAUGUUUUUCUUAAAUCUGAACCAUCUACCAUACUUAGCAAAUUACAUGGAAAUGAACUUACUGCAAUAUUACAGUCAUUGGGCUUGCCAGGGUUGAAUGGGAAGGGGAAGAAUCGCCAAAUUGAGUUAUUAGUCAAACAUCAUGCCAGUGGCAAAAAUUGGAACAUUCUCUUCCCUGAAAAG